AUGGAGCUUCCAUGGCUCUCUCUCACCACCUUCACUCUUUCCCUACUUAUCUACUUCUCUUCAACUACACAAGCUUUCAAACGAUGCCCUAACUGUGGAUCUACCCGAGUCCCGUACCCGCUAAGCACGGGACUAGAUUGUGGCGAUCCAGGUUACAGGAUCCGGUGCGACAACUACGGUUCCCUAUGGUUCGACACGCUCAAUGGCUCAACCAAUCCAAUCAAAACAAUUGACCCAUCGGGCCAACGGUUCGUUCUCCGUCCACCAGGUUUCGAACAAAACAAAUGUGUCUCGGUCGAUAUCAAGUACCACGGUAUUCAACUAGACCUAAACCUUCCUUUUAAUGUGAGUUGUAGUAACACGGUUAUAAUCAUGAACUGUACAAAAGAUGGUCUAGAUGCGUACAGCUCUCAAGGGUUUAACUGCUCAGACAAUAGCUUGUGCCACAAGUUUCUAAAUGCAAAUCUCGAGGCACGAGGCAAUUGCCGAGGCGUGACGUCUUGCUGCUGGUAUAAAACCGGGGCAUCGGUUAAUACUUACAAAGUUUAUCGAGCUAGGCCAGAUAUGUGUUCGGCUUAUCAGAGUUUUAUGAAUUUGGAUCUGACGAUCCCGGUUAGCAAAUGGGGCGAACCAGCCGUGGAAAUACUAUGGGAAGCUCCUAGAGAACCGGUUUGUAAGAGUCAAGGAGAUUGCAGAGAUUUAUUGAAUUCAGUUUGUUCGAACGAUUCAACGAAUUUAGGACAGAAGAGAUGUUUCUGCAAGAAAGGGUUUCAAUGGGACUCGGUCAACGCAGUAUGUGAAGUUAACAGGUGCUCUAAGCGUAAAAGUUGCAAGCGUUGGAGCAAUUUACCUUUAUUAGGAGGUUUAGCCGGUGGUGUGGGAGCAAUAUUGAUCGCCGGAUUCAUAACGAAGACGAUAGUCUCGAAGCAGAAUCGGAGAAUCGCCGGAAACCAAUCAUGGGCAAGCGUAAGGAAACUUCAUCGAAACCUGUUGAGUAUCAACAGUACCGGACUAGAUAGAAUCUUCACCGGCAAAGAAAUCGUCAAAGCCACAGAUAAUUUCGCCAAAUCAAAUCUCCUAGGCUUCGGUGGAUUCGGCGAAGUUUUCAAAGGAAAUCUCGAUGACGGAACCACCGUAGCUGUGAAACGCGCCAAACUCGGAAACGAAAAGAGCAUUUACCAAAUCGUCAACGAGGUUCAGAUUCUCUGUCAAGUUAGCCAUAAGAAUCUAGUGAAGCUUCUCGGAUGCUGCAUCGAAUUGGAAAUGCCAGUUCUUGUUUACGAAUUCGUCCCAAACGGAACUUUGUUUGAACACAUUUACGGCGGUGGCGGCGGCGGAGGAGGAUUAUACGAUCAUUUACCGUUGCGGCGGCGUCUUAUGAUCGCACACCAAACGGCUCAAGGACUUGAUUAUCUUCACUCGUCUUCAUCGCCGCCGAUUUAUCACAGAGAUGUUAAAUCAAGUAAUAUUCUCCUCGACGAGAAUCUUGAUGUUAAGGUUGCUGAUUUUGGAUUAUCAAGAUUAGGUGUGAGUGAUGUGAGUCACGUCACCACCUGUGCUCAAGGAACAUUAGGUUAUUUAGAUCCAGAGUACUAUCUUAACUUUCAGUUGACGGAUAAGAGCGACGUGUAUAGCUUCGGGGUUGUGUUGUUCGAGUUAUUGACUUGUAAGAAGGCGAUUGAUUUUAAUCGUGAGGAGGAAGAUGUGAAUUUGGUGGUGUUUGUGAGGAAGGCUUUGAAGGAAGGGAGAUUGAUGGAUGUGAUUGAUCCGGUGAUUGGGAUAGGAGCGACGGAGAAGGAGAUUGAGUCUAUGAAGGCGCUUGGAGUUUUGGCGGAGUUGUGUGUGAAAGAGACGAGACAAUGUCGACCAACUAUGCAAGUUGCUGCAAAGGAGAUCGAAAACAUUUUACACGGAAUUUAAAUGUUUGUUGAAACGACGUUUUUGUGUUGUCGUUUAAGAAUCUGUAAAUAAAUAAUUUUGGAAGAGAAUUUAGAGAUGUUUCACUCUUCUUUGUACUAAACAGCAAUGUUAUUUGCGAAUACCCG